UUCGAUCACUAUAUGUCUAAUAAUCAUCAAACACCAAGUAAGAACACCUUGCUUUGGCACUAUCAUAUGCCAUGGCUCUAUAAAUAGCCCCUUUACUUUUUCAAAUUACUUCACAAUCAACUGAUCGAUUUGGUAGUUUUGAAACGAUAAACAUGGCUCGUCUAAAAUGUGUUGCACUUUUCAUUGCCCUACUUGUUACAACUUCUUCUGCUGAGAUUGAGACACCUGAGAAUAGGGUAGCUAGGAAGGAAUUGGGUAUAGACCUUGGUGGUGUGGGGAUCGGAUUAGGGUUAGGGCUAGGCUUAGGUCUCGGUGGUGGGUCAGGCUCUGGAGCUGGAUCAGGGUCCGGUGGUUCAAGUUCUAGCUCAAGUUCUGUUUCAUCUAGCUCAAGCUCGAGCUCAGGUGGAGGUGGAAACGCAGGUUCUGAAGCAGGCUCCUAUGCUGGCUCAAGCGCUGGGUCUAGAUCAGGAGGUCGUGGAUCACGAGGAGGCGAACGAGGAGGAGGAGGUGGUGGCGGCGGCGGUGGUGGUGGAGGAGGUGGAGGUGGUGGAGGUUCUGGUGGUGGAAGUGGAUAUGGACACGGUGAAGGUGGUGGAUAUGACAGAGGUUACGAAGGUGGUGGGGACUAAGCACAAGGUCUACAUUAAAAUUGUUUUUUGUUUGAUGAUGACAAUAAUGCAUGGCAACAUAUGUCUUGUACAAACAGAAUAAAAGAGUACUUCAUAAAGGAAAUUAAGUCCAUUGCUUGCAUGGCUUGGAUUUGUUUUCAUAUGUUUCGAGGUUCCUAAAUCAUAUAUGUACUCGAUGUGUUCAAUGUAAUGGAAAAUAUUUUAUAAUGAAUUUCAACUCGCAUCUUAUGUGCUAUUAGACCA